AUUCCGUUCCCUUUCGUCCCACGUGUUAACCUAUUCAAUCAUGCUCGUGAUCCACUCUCGUGAAAGCGAUUGAAUCGAAUUGUAUAAAUAACAUUAGUUUACCUACUAAACUGUCAAAAUUUAUGCUCAAGAAUAUAUGCAUCAUAUGCAGAAGUCGCCGUGGCGCAGAAUAAUUGUAAUUCGUCCUGCCUCCAAUACUCCUUCACAAACCUAACGUUGCGGGACAACGGUACAUCGGUGGCUGGGACCAGAGGAGGCGGAGAGUUUGAUCCGGCGCAGUCCCACCAGUCCUCUCACUAUUUGUGCCCCACCUGGAAUAUGGGUCCCCAAAGAAGACGGCGUGCAAUUGCCAACGAAGACGACGCCAAGAUAGCUUCCAAGAGGCAGAAGACACUCUUCUUCGGCACCAAGAAAGGAGCAAUCACAAACGACAACUGUCAUUCCUCUACGUUUUCCCUGAAGCGGUGUCUAGCGCUGAUGCAGGAGUAUACUUCCAUAAAUGAAACAAAGGUGAUGGGUCCAGAAGGCAUGGAGAAGUUCUGUGAAGACAUUGGCGUCGAACCUGCCAAUAUUGUGAUGUUGGUGCUGGCAUGGAAAAUGGAUGCAAAGCGCAUGGGGUUCUUCACAGAACAGGAAUGGGUCCAAGGCCUCACAGACUUGCAGUGUGACACCAUCCAGAAGAUUCAGAGCCGGCUAGAGUAUCUGCGUUCGCUACUCAACGACCCCAACCACUUUAAGAGUAUCUACAGAUAUGCCUACGACUUCGCUAGGGAAAAAGACCAACGUAGCAUGGACAUUGACACGGCCAAAGCGAUGCUUCAGCUCCUCCUUGGAAAGCACUGGGCACUCUGUCUAUCGUUUCACGUCUUUCUAGAGCAAUCGAAGUACAGGGUGAUUAACAAGGACCAAUGGUGCAACGUACUGGAGUUCAGCCGCACCAUCAAGCCCGACCUGUCGAACUACGACGAAGAUGGUGCCUGGCCGGUUCUGCUGGACGAAUUUGUGGACUGGCUCCGGCAACGGCGAACACUGCUGCGCAGGGACGAGACCAACCACGACGUGACGGGAGAGCCCUCUAGCUGAGGGUGCUCGCGACACUGCUUAGGAUAUUUUUAAUUUUUUUUUUUUUUCCUCACUGGACUUUUAUUUUAAAUUUACCUCCUCCCACGCUCCUCCUUCCCCAUGUUGAAUAACCCACUGCACUUCUCCCAUAUUGCCCAACCCCACCGCAAGGAACUCGGCUGUAAAUUAACUGUCGGACAAACUGUGCAUUUAAUGUCUGCUGGCAAACGGGGGAUUUGUGGGCAGGAGGUGGGAAGUCUGCGAUAGAAGCACCGCCUUCGAGCGACAGAAUUCCAUCGGGCAUUUGUUUUCUCCCUUUUUUGCUUUUUUUUAUAUAUAUAUAUAGUUCAUUGCGUGGAUGCACGUGCACUUCGUGCUUUUAGGAUUUCUUUUUUUCCCCUGUGCUCUCGGAAAAGACGCGGCAGCGAGAGUGGAUCGAUACGAGCUCGGAGGAAAAAAAAAGAAAAAGAAAAGUAUUUUCUUCCACCCGGUUCUUGGCUUAGACUCAUUUGCACAAAGUGCACCUGCUAGUUUGUACAUGUGUAUUUAAGUAGGGGGGGGGGGGAAUGUUCUGGAUCAGAAUUCCACGCAGGAUGCGGGAGACUCCUCGAGCGAGCCACAAUAAAACUUGCAUAUCAGUCGUGCAAAGUGUACGCGUCGACUGCAAAUGCGUUUGGAUCAGGGUGAUGUCUUCUCUCGAUGUGCCUAUUGCAAGAGACUGUCUUGCGGGAAACGUGGACUUGCGUGAUGCGGAUGAGUGUUUUCGAACCGCAUGUGUAGUUACUUUUUUUUUUUUUUUGAAAGAGUGUGGCAGAAACCACUUCUCGUGGUUUCUGCAGCCCUUGGCCACAGUGGUGAAUGCGAAGUUGUACCAGUGAGAUUUUUUUUUUUUUUUUUUUUUUCACGUUGAGUUUUGUUCUGUGCUUCACCUACUCUUUGCUCCUCCUCAACUCCAGUUUAACUCCUUUGAAGUAUAGUGGCUUUUUUGUGGGUGGAUUUGACGCGUCACUUGUGCAGCUCGAAGUAAAUUCUUCGGAUUAGGAUGGCGCUGUCGGUGAAGUGGUUGGCGAGGGAUUGGUGACGAGAUUAACGAGGGGAACUGUUCUUUGAGUAUGCCUUGCACAAACCUGCAUUCCUUUGGUUAGGUCUUGUUUUUGCAAAGUGUUAUCGUGGCCAGCCACUGCAACCUUGACUGUAUGACUGCAAGAGAAAUAAAUGUGCAACGCAGUA